CUCUAUUGCUUCAGUUUCGUUAUGCCAGCGGCCAAACCCGAGAAAGUGGGAAGCGAGAAGGCGCCGCGGGCGGUGCGCUUUGGAGACACUGUGCUGAUCCGCCGUGGUGACCGGUACCUGGACGCCUCCGAUGAGGCGGUUGUGGGGCGAAGCCGAUCGAAUCUCCAGCAGCAGCGCUUUGUGGUGUGCCCCUACUUGAACUUCCAGGUGCCACCCGGCUCAGCCGAUGAGAGUUUUCCCAUGAGGAAGAACGUGAAUACGGCGACCUUUAAAGGCAUGGCUGUACGCGACGGGGAUGCCGUCUGCCUACUGGCCUGCAAUGGCUGCUUCGUAGGCAUCACCAGUGAGGAUGACGUGGAGGAGUCCAGCCUGGCCAGCGGCCGUCGGAGUGUGAAGGCCGAUUUCCCAGACAUCUCUCCGCCCUGCGCGCUGGUGGUGCGGAGCACUAGCCAGCAGAAGCAGGUCCUGGAGGGCCAAACCAUAGUCCUGCAGAGUUUAGCAUCGGCUCAGGUGCUUUGCUUUGAUGAGGGCCCUGCUACCAUGGAGGCCAAGCAGAAUCCGGGCGACCUACGACGGAUCGGUUUCCAAGAAGAGCACUACUUGGUCAUUGAGUCCUUGCCAAAGCCCCGGCGGUGGAAGGUGGAUAGCAUUUCGUUGGAAGGGGAACUCUUGAAGAGCCCAGAAGUGGGUGUGCGGGUUCGCCAUGCCAAGGAGACCUCCAAGUAUGGCAUGACCGUGGAGGCCGAGGUCUUGGGAUGGGUGAAGGUCAAAUGGGACUACGGUCAGGAGGAAAGCUGCCGCGUGGGAGCUCAAGGGAGCUGUGACUUACUGGUGAUCUCCUUGCCCUCGUUCACUGCCACCGGUGCAGGCCGUGCAGGGGAACGUGCCAAUGGGCGUUACGUGCGUGUGGGCUGUCACAAUGGGAUGCCCAAGUACCGACAGGACACUGGCUCGGCCAUCAUGUUCUUUGAAGAUGACGGCUGGAAGAUGAACGUGGAGGACGAUACCAGGCAAUGGUGUUAUCAGCACCUGGACGCCGCCUCCCCGCUUCCGCCCCUGGGCCGCUGGGCGACGGCCGUCGGGAAGCGCUGCGAGCCCUCGCCCUCGCUGCAGCCAGCGCCGGCGCAGGUGACCGCCACGGAGCUGACCGCUAGUCCUCCAGUGCCGUCGUCCAAGGUUGUGACAGGAGAAGCUCCCUUGGCGCGCUCCCAGAGUGGACCACUGAAGCGGAAGAAGGAGAUGGUCGAGUUCCCCUUGCCGCCGGCCCCUGAGCCGAUUCGCCUGGGUGAUGUGGUGUAUCUGCGGGGCAACGGCCGGUGGUUGGAGGUGGAAGGUGCGACGGUGAGUGCGCCCAACGCCAGGUGUGGGCAGGAAUGUCAACGCUUCGUGGUGUGCCCGUACUUGAACGACCACAAGGAGCCGGACCAUGCACAACAUGCACCCGAGAAGCGGAAGCUGGUGAGCACGAAGACCUUUCGAGGUCGAAAGGUGAAGGAUGGCGAUGCCAUUUGCUUGAUGGCUUGCACUGGAUGCUUCUUGGGCAUCAGCGGGACACAGGCCGAGGGCGGCUCGGUGUCCCUCAGCGCGCACGGCCGGCGCUGGGUGAAGGCAGAUUUCCCCAGCGCCUCAGCGGCCUGCGCCAUGGUGGUGAAGUCCAGUAAGCCGCGUGGAGUCGCGCGAGAGGUUUGUGAGGGCGAGCCGUUCUUCCUGCAGAGCAUGGCUUCCUCGCAGCUGUUGGUGGCGGACGAGAAGGUGAACCUGGCUGUCAUGAUGCAGCCGAAGCAGGCGCCCGGCGAUCUUCUGGCAGGGCCCCAGAAGCACCAAGAGCUGAGCUUCAAGAAGGUCCCGAGGAGCCCGUCACAGACCGCCUUGCGGCUCACUGGGCAGCUGUUGAAGUGGCCAGAGGUGGGAGUCAAAGUCAAACACCUCGAGGAGCCGGAGAAGGGCUUCGGCCUCACCGAGGUUUCAGAGCAGUUGGGCUUCCUCAAAGUCUGCUACGAGAAUGGAGAGGAGAGCCUUGGGCGGGUUGGCGCAGAUGGGAAGUACAACCUCCUUGUGGUUCAAAAGCCCAAGAUGGAAGUUGCUUGGGCUGGCGGAAUUGGCGUCACUGUAAAUGGACAGUUUCAGCAAGUGGGCGUGUACAACGAGAUGCCGAAGUAUCAGCAAGAGAAUGGUGAGUCGAUCAUCUACUUCCAAGAUGGAUGGAAGAUCAAUGUGGAGGAUGACACCAGUCGCUGGCUCUACGAGCAUCACGCGUCGUCCUCACCGAAGGCUCCUUGUGGCCAGUGGCUCCUGGCGGACUGCGCCACGCGCGCGGAGCCGGCGCCGUCGAUCUGGGAGGUGCCCAUCCAGGCUUCAGUGACCACUGGUGCUCCACCAAAGGUCAGCCAGAAGGCCUUGGACGUCUUGUUGCUGUCGGCCUUAGACGGGCAUCCCUCCGCCUCGCGAGCCACCCGUGCUUUGCGCCUGGCUUUGCCCUGCUUCGCUCAGCUCUGCGCCCAAGUCGCUCCGCCCGCACAGCGAAGCGGCGCACACAAAAACGGCCGCCCAUCGCAGUGGCCGCGGCCCACGCAGCGGCUGGCGCGGGCGAGUGUGGCACGUGAUACUUUGGAGGUUUUGGCAGAGUAUGCUGAAACAGAUGAGUCAGUGAUAGGUGUGGACAGCCACAAGCUGAUUGUCUUCGAUGGUUUACCCUUCCUGGUGCACCAGAAGCGCUACCCUGAGCUGGAUGCACUCAUCGUGGAUACCUCGAGAACGCCCCGAACGGUCGCGCACGAGACGCACGAGAGCGAUACAGUGGGCGAGGUCGUGUCCUAUCGCUCGGACGAGAGUCCCGUGCUGCUGCUGGGCGCUCGGGCGCCCUUUCGUGUGAGGCCGACCGAGACCAUCCAGGUGUGUUGCCGCUUUCCCACUAGCCUGAUGAAGACCAUCAAGGAGGAGAACUGGAUGGGCAGGAAGCGCUUUGAGCAGUGUGCUGGAUAUCUCGUACAGGUGGAUGUGGGGCUUUUGCGCCAGGAGCACUUGAGGCCCGAAGAGACACUGCCGAACAAGCAGAUCUCCAGCGACUACAAGUGUGGACCGCCACGGCGGAUCAGCUUGCACAACAAGGAGCAAUUGGUGAAGCUUCAGCUGCGACCGAAGGUCUUCAAUUUCCUGGGUCUGGGCGAAGUCGCUGUUUGCCUGGUAGUCAUGGAUCAUUCCAAGAUGUCGCACCAGCAUUGGACCCUGGUGAACUACUCCUUGAUCACUGUGAUGGCCGAGAAGGAGGAGAAGGCGUGAGAACUUCCUGUCAGCUCCAAAGUUGAGUACGACUUUUUGCAUUUGAUGGGGAGGAGUCAACGGCGAGAAGCACACACCAUGCGAAGUUCGUUUGGCUGUGCUUCUCGUCUCAGACAGCAUCAGGGCCCCAAAGGGGCUGCUAGGCUGAUGCUUGGGGGACGCGAAGCAAUGCGAAGCCCUCAGAGGCUUCCAUGGGAUGAAGAGCUGUUCUCUUGCAGCGAAGCGAAGCCAAUCCGGUGCUAGUUGGCCCAGAGCCGCUAAGGAUUCGAGGGAGAGGGA